AUGAUACCAUCACAGAAGGCAAAAAAGAGCGCCAAAUCCAAACUUCCACAAUUGCAGCCAUCCUGGCAAUUGGACACACCAAUGAGUGAGUACAUUACAUGCAUGGAAUGGUUGCCAAACACAUGUGUCCAUGGUCAAGAUUCAAUUUUGGUAUUGGGACUUGCUAAUGGUGAGGUUGUCUUGGUCAAUUCAACCAAUAGGAAAGUUCUGCACAGAGAAAUCAAUGCUCAUCAAGAUGGAUUAUUAAGCAUGUUGAUAGUUGAGUUGGAGAAUGAGAGAAACUUUGUGAUUUGUGCGAGUCAAGAUGGUUCUCUUUCAUUGUGGAAAGUUCAGAAGAAGGGAGACGAAACUUUCCAAUCCCUAGAAUUGAUUAAAUUGGAUCAGCACGAAAUCGAUGGUGGUCAAUGGAUUGAAUCAAUGGUCUGGAUGCAAACUAGUAAGAAACUUGCAGUUGCUUCUUCCAAUCAAGUUCAUACUUUCUCCAUCUCAAAAGAAAACAAACUAAUCCUCAAGAGAACAAACAAUACUUUCAAGUCAACUGUCUCUUGUCUGGCCUACAAUCAAAAAACCAACUCAUUAGCCAUCUCUUCCUAUGGAAACAUCCUACUCACAGACUCUUCCCUCUAUGCCAAACUAAACAUUUCCAUAAAAGGAAGUUUCCAAAUGUCCAGCUUUAGUGAAGAUGGAAAAUAUUGCAUUUGUGGUAUGCUAGAAUCCAUGGCAAUCAUCCUGAAUACUGAAUCUCAGCAAAUAGUUCCAUUGUCUCUACCAAAGAAACCAUCAAUCAUCAAGUGGCUUUACGGUAGCUCUCAAACUUGUGCCAUUUCGUCUAAUUCUUCCGUUGUCGUAUUGAAAAGCGUUCCAUUGGUUGAGAUGUCCAUGUCUGAAAUGGAUGAUGAAGAAGAAAUGGAUGAUGAGGUGAGGGAAAUUCUGUCGGAUAAUGAAUUUGGUUUCAUGCAUCCUGGUUCAGUUUCGUCUAUGGAAUUCGUUCCUUCCCAAUUUAGAAAGCCAUGGAUUGUGUCGGCUUGUUCUAAAGGUUUAGUUCGUGUAACUGAUUAUGAAAGUGGUAGAAUAGUUGCAUUUCUUCCAAUGGGUGAUGAGAAAGGUGUUUCUUGUAUGAAAUUCGAAUCUGAUUUCAACAAGUGUACGAUUCCUUUAUUGAUUGUUGGAUAUUCUGAUGGUUCUCUCUGUGAAAUUCCACUUAAUUUCAAAUAA